AUGUGGUGAUGUACGGGGAAAGCUGAAAGCAUUUUUCGCGCGCAUUGAGAAUGUAAACAAGAAAAGCGGGCCGUUCGAUUUGGUGCUGUGCGUUGGUGAUUUUUUCGGUUCCAACCCGGAAAUGGAAGUACUGCAGCAGUACAAAAACAACGUAAAGACAGUUGCUGCACCCGUUUACAUACUUGGUCCCACACGUCAGGAGCAGGCUGAAUGCUACACGGGAACAGAGGAUGGAGAUAUAUGUACAAAUCUUAGCUACCUCGGAAAGCGGGGUGUUUAUACAACUUCCGGUGGUCUUAAAAUUGCUUACCUUAGUGGUAUUGCAAGCUCAGAGGGUAACACCGAGGGCAACAAUGAAUGGACAUACGGUAAAGCAGACGCCAUCGCUGUUCGUGAUUCCUGCUUAGCUAGCAAGGCUAACAUGGGAGAUUUUAGAGGCAUAGACAUAUUGCUAACAUCUCAGUGGCCUUUCGGUAUGCAGGAGAAUGUAAAAGAUAGUUCCAAGCUGGUUUCAUGGCUAGCGAAUGCCGUGAAACCAAGAUACCACUUUUGUGGUUUAAAUGAUGAAUUCUAUGAAUCUCCACCGUAUCGAAAUCUACCGGACAAAAACACCCAGAUGGAACUGGCAACUCGGUUCGUUGGCCUAGCAAGCUUUGGUAAUCCCGAGAAGAAAAAACACAUCUACGCAUUAAACAUAACACCGGUAGAGAAAAUGCGUGUGCUGGAAUUGAUACAAAAAACCACUGAUGAAAUCCCUUCUCCUUACACCGACCUAUCGCUCCUAACGGAAACCGAUAACAGAAACACCGGUGACAAAAAAGACGAUCAAUACUUUUACGAUAUGAAUACGUACGAUGAUAACAAUCGGCGAAACAAACGACGCUCCAAUGAUCCCAGCCAGGGCCAGAAGCGUGCCAGACCAACGUUCGAUCAGGAAAAGUGUUGGUUCUGCCUGUCUGCCGGUAGUAUCGAAAAGCAUCUGAUAAUAUCGGUUGGAGAUCAUUUUUAUCUCGCACUUGCGAAGGGUCCAAUCACCGAAACUCACAUCCUUAUCCUUUCCAUCACACACAUACAGUGUGCUGCAUUGUUAUCAGAACCACAGUGGACGGAAUUGGUACGUUUUAAAAAAGCGCUCACCCAAUUUUACGCCGAUCGUGAUCAGAAGGUGUUCUUUUACGAACGGAACUUUAAAACGGGCCACCUACAAAUCAACGCUAUCGGAAUCGAUGAAAACGUUGCUUGGAAGAUACAGCACGUGCUGGAGGAUAAGGGGGAAGAGUACAGUGUGCAGCUGGAGAAAGUGCCAACACUCAAUGCUCCAACAGACCUACCGGAAAAGGGACCCUACUUCGUGGCGGAACUACCGGAUGGGACGGUAAUGCUGACACGACAAAUGAAAGGAUUCCCGUUGCACUUCGGGCGGGAGGUUAUCUGUGCGGACAAUUUGUUAAACUGCGAAGAGAAAGCGGACUGGCGGCAGUGUAACGGUACGAAGGAGGAAGAGGACGAGAUGGUUAAAAACUUUCGUGAAAGUUUCAAACCGUACGAUUUUACGGUAUAAUU